AUGACUAUCAGUUCGGUCAAGACCAUUUUACCGGCCCGAUUCAAGGCCAAUUCAUCUGAAAAGCCUGAUGCCAAACCACCACCCAGGCUUUAUCCCGCAACAGACUUUCCCUCCAAAGGCUACCAGCCUCCACAGACCGAUGGGUUCGAACAGAGCAAAGCCCACCCCGACACUAGCGCUAUUGUCAUCGACAAUGGCGCCCAUCUCGUCAAGGCUGGCUGGUCCUUUGAUAAGACCCCGCGCUUUGCCAUCCCUCCCGUUACAAGCCGUUACCGCGAUCGCAAGUUGAACCGCCCGUGCAACUUUGUUGGACACGAUGCCUAUCUUGAUGCAACAACCCGUGGCCAGCUUCGCGGGGCUUUUGACUCUGGGUCUAGCGUUGUCGGCAACUGGGACGUCAUGGAGGGCGUGUUGGACUACAUGUUUCUAAAGUUAGGUGUGGACGGUUCCAACGGCGGCGUCGAUCGGCCGAUUGUUAUGACUGAACCCAUUGGCAACUUCGCAUACCCAAGGAGAAUGAUGAACGAGAUCCUCUUCGAAUGUUACUCUGCACCAUCCGUCUCCUUCGGAAUUGAUUCGCUUUUCGCGUACCGCUACAACAAAGGAACGGACGGAUUGGUUGUUUCCUCAUCGCAUACAUCUACACACGUUAUCCCCGUUCUGGGUGGAAAGCCGCUUUUGUCCAAUUGCACCAGACUCAACUGGGGCGGCCUGCACAAUGCCGAAUACCUUAUGAAACUCAUGAAGUUGAAGUACCCUACCUUCCCGGCAAAACUUACAGAUAUCCAAAUGGAGGACUUGGUGCGCAACCACUGCUAUGUGUCGCAAGACUACGACCGUGAACUGAGUGGAUAUCUUGAUUGGACGGGCCUGGAGGACCGCGAUCACGUUAUCCAGUAUCCAUUCACCGAGCAUAUUGUCAUCGAGAAGACUGAAGAGGAACUUGCCCGUAUUGCGGAGCGGAAGAAGGAGAGUGGUCGCCGACUCCAGGAACAGGCGGCUAAGAUGCGUCUUGAAAAGCUGGUGAAGAAGGAGGGGGAACUUGAGUAUUACAAGAGCAUUCAAGCCAAAAUGGCAGAUGAAACGAAGAAAGAGAUCCGUCGUAUCCUUGAGACCGAGGAACUCAAAGAUGAGGCUCAACUUGAGCGGAUGAUCCGAGAAUUGGAGAAAUCUAUCAAACGUUCUCGCAAUAAGGAUCUCGGUAUCGAGGAAACGGAAGAACAGCCCGAGGAGAUGACAUUCCCGCUACUCGAAAUCCCAGACGACCAGCUCGAUGAAGCUGGUCUGAAAGAAAAGCGUCACCAACGCCUGAUGAAAUCAAAUGUCGAUGCGCGUGCGCGCGCUAAGGCUGAGAAGGAACGUGAAAAGGCUCGCCGUGAGGAAGAAGAGCGCCUUGAUCGAGAGAAGCGUGAAAAUAACUUCGAGAGCUGGAUUGGUGAUCGACGAGAUGCCCGCCAGAUUCUACUGCAACGAAUUAAGGACCGCGAUCGCAUGAAGGCAGACCUCGGAAAUCGGAAGUCUCUUGCUAGUCAACAGCGCAUGAAGACCCUAGCCAACUUGGCUUCUGACGGUCCAAAGAAACGUCGCCGCGGCGGAGAAGACGAUGACUUUGGUGCCAAUGAUGACGACUGGGGUGUCUACCGGACCGUUGCAACGGGCGACGGAAGUGACGACGAGGAAGAAGAGGACCUGAAUGCUACUCUCGGUGGUUUAGAGAAGGAGCUGCUAGAAUAUGACCCCGACUUCACGGAGAACCACACGCUCGCUGCGCAGUCCGAUUGGACCAAGAGUCUUGUCCAUGGAUUCCUGCGUGGUCCCUGGCCCUUUGACCCGGAAAGCCAGCGUGAAGCGCACCAGCUUCAUCUGAAUGUGGAACGUAUCCGUGUUCCCGAGGUCGUUUUCAAGCCUUCUAUUGCCGGCGUGGACCAGGCCGGUCUGAUUCAAAUUUCUGCGGAUAUCGUGAACCAGCGGUUUUCAGGCACCGCGGACCGUGCCCGUCUCCUCAAGGAUGUCUUCCUGACGGGUGGUAACACUCUUUUCACUGGAUUUGAGGACCGGUUCCGCAACGAGCUCCGUGGGUACCUGCCGCUUGAUAUGGAGUUCAAUGUGCGUCAUGCAUCUGACCCUGUCUUGGAUGCUUGGAAGGGUGCUGCACAGUGGGCUUCCAGUGCUGACUUUGGUCGGUCGUCUGUCACUCGACAAGAAUACCUGGAAAAGGGUAGCGAGUAUAUUAAGGAGCACGAUCUUGGUAACGCUACAUGGUAA